AUGCAUGAUAAUACGUGCAAAACUAAUUGUUAUAAUCAUCCUUUGUCAAUCUUCGUUGCACCUGAUAAUAAUUUGAAAACACAGAUCGUAGCUCAAGCAAUUGUUGAUAAUGAAACACAAUCCUCAUAUGAAUGGGUCUUUAAUUGUAUUUUAAAUGCAACUGGUUUAGAACCAAAAGUCUUGAUAACAGAUGGUGAUCUGGCAGUUAAUGGCUCUGUCAUAGCGCAAUUUCCCAAUGCAUUUCACAUAUAUUGCAUUUGGCACAUAAGUCAAAAUUUACCAAAAAAUCUAAAAGGGAUAAUUGGUUCUAGUUAUGAUAAUUUCAUGAAAGACUUUUAUACUAUGAGGAAUAGCCUCACAGAAGAAAAAUUCAAUGAAAGUAGAUAUUUCACAGCUGGUGUACAGUCAACCUUUCGUAAUGAGGGUGAGAACUCAACACUAAAAUGCUUCUUUGGAAGUUCAAGUCUUUCAUUAUGUGAACUAUUUGAUGCCUUAGAAAAAAAGUACCAAGAAGAAAUCGAUUAUUGCAAAGAAAUCUGUCUUAUUUCUAUUGAUGAUAGUAGAUAUAAUGAAGUUGAUAAAUCAGAACAGUGUAUUGACAACUUAUUCGAUUGCCCACAAAUACAAUUAAAAUCACUUCUAAAUGAUUUUUCAACAAUUCUUGAAUUCUGGGAA